AUGAGCGAUGGAAGGUACUCGUUCUCCCUCACGACAUUCUCCCCGAGCGGAGAGCUGGUGCAGAUAAAACACGCGCUCGCCGCGAUCGGGGCGGGGGCGACGAGCCUCGGGAUCAAGGCGAAGGAUGGUGUCGUGCUGGCGACGGAGAAGAAAGUGCCGAGCGCGCUCGUGGACGCGACGACGGUGAAGAAGAUCGCGCUGCUGACGGAUGAGAUCGGGAUGACGUACAGCGGGAUGGGACCGGACUUUAGAGUGCUGACGCGAAUGGCGAGGAAGGAGACGCAGACGUAUUACCGGACGUAUAAGGAGAGCGCGCCGGUGAGCCAGUUGGUGCGAGAGACGGCGACGACGAUGCAAGAGUUUACGCAACAAGGUGGUGUGCGACCGUUCGGGGUGUCGUUGCUCGUCGCGGGGUACGAUGAGAGCGGACCGAGUUUGUAUCAAGUCGAUCCGAGCGGGUCGUACUUUGCGUGGAAGGCGAGCGCCAUCGGAAAGAAUAUGGUCAACGCGAAGACGUUCUUGGAGAAACGGUAUAGCGAUGACAUAGAAUUGGAAGAUGCGAUUCACACCGCGAUUCUGACGCUCAAAGAAGGUUUCGAUGGGCAGAUUUCUGCGGAGAACAUUGAAAUCGGCGUCGUCGGCGUCGACAGGAAAUUUCGAGUGCUCACCUCGAGCGAAAUCGCAGAUUACCUCGAAGAAGUCGAAUAA